AUGAACCAAAUCUCCAUCUCUCACUGUUUCAGAUCUCCUUCCAACAAUGACAAAUGUUGGUUGGAUGAUGCUUCUAGUGGUGUCUGUGAUGAAGAUCAGUGCUUGAUGGAGCAAAUCAAUAGAUUUCGAGUUGAGAUCGGUGGUGUCUUAUGGUUUCCUGUGCGUCUGGUGUUUUCCGGUGACAUCUGUUACUCUACUAUCAAUAUAAACACAACAUAUCAUCUCGAACAUGUUCACAUCACCGUUGCUCGUCGGAAUUUCAAGAAGAUGGAGCCCGUCGAAUCAGCAGCCAACCUCCGUUCACAAUUCCAUGAAGUUCUUCGUAGUCGCCGUUCUCCUAUAGAAAAUUGUGUUGGGUUAGCGUGGGGAAUUUGGAAAUCGGAAAAAAGACGAACACAACAACCAUGUGCUAAUUUCCUGCAGCUGUAA